GGGUUGCCGCGUUCUGUGUGCGCUCGCCACAUCGCAUUGUUGUCGGUGAAAAACCUCCCCUUUCCCUUUCCCUUUCCCUUCUUUACAGCGUAAUUUUAUCUUCAUUUUUGUGAUACAUAUGAAUGCGUCCCCUCUUCGCGAUUCUUCAGCUAGAACGCAAAGGUGAGCACUAUGGUAUUGACGACGACUUCAGCUGAUGGCGAGUCCCUGCACUCCACUUUUGCUUCCAGAUACGUUCGGACUUCUCUGCCGAGGUUCCGGUUGCCAGAUUCCUCGACACCGAAGGAGGCUGCGUACCAGAUCAUAAGCGAUGAAUUGAUGCUGGAUGGUAACCCGAGGCUGAAUCUUGCCUCCUUUGUGACUACAUGGAUGGAGCCAGAGUGUGACCGCCUCAUAUUGUCUGCCAUUAACAAGAAUUAUGUGGACAUGGAUGAGUAUCCUGUUACCACCGAACUGCAGGUGAAAUUACCUUUAAUAAAUCCCUUUAUUUUUGGAAAUCUUGAAGACUUGGGAACUCUUUGGUUGUUUAGCCUUGAAAAAUCAGGACGGCCUGAGAUGCUUAUUUUAUAUUUUGAGACAAUAUUGCAAAAGAAACUGUGGUUAUAGAUGGAAAUACUAUAG